UCCUAGAUAUUGACACCAACGGAAAACGGUGUUUUGAGAAUGAAGAUUAUAAUACUUGAUACAGUGAUUAUAAUGUAUUGAAAAUUAUGUUUACAUGACUUAAGGCCAUUUUGAGGAAACAAAAGAAAGAAAUUCACAAACAAAACAAAGAAUUCAUGUGUGAUACUGAAAAAACCCUUGAAUGUACAGUAUGUAGUGAAAGGUUUAGUUUGAGUAAUAUUUUGAAGGAGCACAUGACAAUUCAUACUAGUGAUAAACCGUGUGAUAAACCCCAUAAAUGUACUGUGUGCAGUAAAGGGUUCAAUAGAAGUAAUCAGUUGAAGAAGCACAUGACAAUACAUACCGAUGAAAAGCCCUAUGAAUGUGUAGUAUUUGGUAAAGGGUUCAGUGGGAGCAAUCAGUUGAAGGAGCACUUGAGAACACAUACUGGUGAAAGACCUCAUGGAUGUACAGUAUGUGGUAAAAGGUUUAGUUUGAGAAGAAGCAUGAACGUGCACAUGACAACACAUUCUGAUGAUAAACCCCAUGAAUGUACAGUAUGCGGUAAAAGGUUUAGUUUGAGUAAAAUUUUGAAGGAGCACAUGAAAAUUCAUACUGGUGAUAAACCCCAUGAAUGUACUGUGUGCAGUAAAAGAUUCAAUAGAAGUAAUCAGUUGAAGGAGCACAUGAGAACACAUACUGGUGAAAGACCUCAUGGAUGUACAGUAUGUGGUAAAAAGUUUAGUUUGAGUAGUAACUUGAACGUGCACAUGAGAAUACAUACUGGCGAAAAAACCCAUGGAUGUACAGUAUGUGGUAAAAGGUUUAGUCAGAGAAGUAGCAUGAACAUGCACGUCAUGAGAACACAUUCUGAUGAUAAACCCCAUGAGUGUACAGAAUGUGGUAGAGGGUUUAGUUUGAGUAAAAUUUUGAAGGAGCACAUGAAAACUCAUACUGGUGAAAAACCCCAUAAAUGUACGGUAUGUGGUAAAGGGUUCAGUGGGAGUAAUCAGUUGAAGAAUCACAUGAGAACACAUACUGGAGAAAAACCUUAUAAAUGUACAUUAUGCAAUAAAGAGUUCAGUGGGAGUGAUCACUUGAAGGCUCAUAUGAGAACACAUACUGAUGAAAAAUCCCAUGAAUGUACUGUAUGCAGUAAGGGAUUUAGAAGGAUAACUAACUUGAGGAGGCACAUGAAAAUACAUACGGGUGAAAAGCCCUAUGAAUGUGUAGUAUGUGGUAAAGGGUUUAGUAUGAGUUAUCAGUUAAAUAGGCACAUGAGAAUACAUACUGGCGAAAAGCCCCAUGAAUGUAUGGUAUGUGGUAAAAGGUUUAGUUUGAGUAGUAACUUGAACGUGCACAUGAGAAUACAUACUGGUGAUAAACCUCAUGAAUGUACAGUUUGUGGUAAAGGGUUUAGUAAGAAUCGUUACUUAAAAGGUCACAUGAGAACACAUACAGGGGACAUACCUAAUCAAUGUACUCUAUGCGGUAAGGGAUUUAAUACGAGUCAGAACUUGGGUAACCACGAGCUUAUACAGACUGGAUAUAAACCUUAUAAAUGUGGUGAUUGUUGAAAAGAGUUCAUUUAUAGUAGAGACUUACAGAGACACAUGAGAACACAUACUGGAGAUAAACCUCAUGCAGGUGAUGUGUGUGGAAAAAGAUUUAUUGAGAGACAUGACAGAGAUACACAUUUAAGAACACAUUCUAGGGAUUUUCCUUUUCAUCCUUAUUUACAUUGAGCUUGCACAAAAAAUACAAUAGUAAAGAAGUCAACGCAGAGAUAAACAUGUACUAUAAACACAUGACACUUGUGAUUAACCUUAAGCUUGUGAAUGUUACAAUUUAUGUAUGUGAUGUUGUAUAUUUUGUGCAGUAAAUGGGUCGUAGCAGAGAUAAACAUGUGCAAACACAUGCAACUUGUGAUUAACAUUAGUCCAAGCAGGAAGGCACACUCUAGUCAUUUUUUGGCUAGUUUUUUUCUAGUUACAAAUUUUGUCAAUAUACAGUCAGGGGACUUACUGAAAUAAGUGAUUUUUAAAUGAUUUUUAAAUCACUUAUUUGAGUAGCAAAUUUCGAGGUUUUGUCACAAAUUGGGAUUUGUAGUUUUUAAAAUUUUACACACAUAGGUUUAAAUAAUAUCUUUUAGUUAGUAAAAUUAAAAAAAUGAACUUUUUGCUUCUUUUAAGUAGCAAGGUUUAUGCAUUUGAUGAUAUGAUUUAACUGAAAAUUCCAUUUUAGUUGAAAAAAAUGCUAUAAUAAUGGCGUUACAUAAUGAACUGAUACUUUCUUAAAAGAUUUUUCACAGCAGUGGGAGUAUUUUUCCUGUGAAGUUCAAUGUUUCAUCUUUAAGAUUAUGUAAUAAAAUUGUUCUGUUCGCGAUAAACAUUUCACUGUUCGGGGGUGUUGAAAUUAGUGGGGGUUAUUAAAAGAAUGAUCCUUAAAGAAGUGAUUUUUGGGAAGGAAAUUGAGGUCUGAUACUUAAACAAGUGAUAGGGUCAGGUCAAAUGUAAAGGGGUGUUCUUUAGGAAACUUAGAUACUGGUAAGAAGGCACUUUGUUAGAACACCCCUCCUUCAGGAAUGGUACAGUUUAAAUCGGGGUAUAAAAGCAGGAGAUAUUCCUAGUUCAUGGUUAACCGACCGUGCAAGGGCUGUAUAGCCAGCAUAUCCAGAAAUCAACGCCACUUUGCUUAUUUGAAUAUUAUACUAAAGAAAUCGGUACGGGUCACGAAAAUUAUAUCGAAAUGAUAGGGAAUUUUGAAUAAAAUGUCUGUUUUAACUUUAAUUUAAGUGAUAGACAGGUUGCCGGGGCAGAAAAUAAAUAUACACAACAAUAUACACAAUUUAAACGAAACAUCAUGACUGUCGUUGCAAAAAUCAAGGUUCCUGAGCUAUUUUAAAAAUCGAAGAGAGAGGCUUUUAACAAUGCAGUAUAAAAUACAGGCUAAAAUGGGUGAAACGUCAAAUUUGCAAACUUCGUGUUGAAAAUUGGCUAACAAGGUCAUUAAACUGUUAAAACAAUAACGGUUGCCGGGGUGAAACUUGAAUCUUGAAUUUCCAAAGAAUAAGCAAGUCCAAACCUUGUAUGUGUACACGUUGAACUCCAGGUUACCACGUUAAGUUAACAUGCCCCUAUUUCAAGAACAAAAAAAUCACGAAAACAUGAAAAAUUCACUAAAUUCGUGUUCAUUGUUUUGAUUUUGACCGCCUGACAACUUUACGGAAAUAUCAGAGUGGUUAUAAACAAGGAUUCUGUGACGGGCAACUAAUGAUAUCCGUGUUUUAAAGUUUUUAACGAUAUCAAGCCCGACAGUCCAGUCAAACUAUUAUCACGUGGUACAAUUCUCAAGGCAUAAUCCUACUUUAGUCCCACGUGGGAUUGAACAUUUUUAAUUGCCUCGAAUAUAAUCGAUUUUGUGUUUUUAAUUAAAAUUAUAAUAUCAUUUGAUAAUUGAAAUAAAGACGACCGGAAUGUUUUAUUUAGUAUUUUUGUCGAGCCUUCGACUUUAGUCGAAAAAGCGAGACUAAGCGAUCCUACAUUCUGUCGGCGUCGUCGGCGGCGUCAACAAAUAUUCACUCUGUGGUUAAAGUUUUUGAAAUUUUAAUAACUUUCUUAAACUAUACUGGAUUUCUACAAAACUUUGACAGAAGCUUGUUUAAGAUCAUAAGAUAAUAUCCAGAAGUCAAUUUUGUAAAAAUAAAAUUUCAUUUUUUCCGAAUUUUACUUAUAAAUGGACUUAGAUUUUUCUGCAGGGAAACAUAACAUUCACUCUGUGGUUAAAGUUUUUAGAAUUUUAAUAACUUUCUUAAACUAUCCUGGGUUUGUACCAAACUUGGACAGAAGCUUAUGUAUGAUCAUAAGAUUGUAUCCAGAAGUAAAUUUUGUAAAUAAAUAAAUCCAUUUUUUCCAUAUUUUACUUUUAAAUGGACUUAGUUUUUCUGCGGGGAACCAUUACAUUCACUCUGUGGUUAAAGUUUUUAAAAUUUUAAUAACUUUCUUAAACUAUCCUGGGUUUGUACCAAACUUGGACAGAAGCUUAUGUAUGAUCAUAAGAUUGUAUCCAGAAGUAAAGUUGGUAAAAAGAUUACUCUGUUUUUUAUGUAAUUUACUUUUAAAUGGACUUAGAUUUUCUUACAAUCAUAAAAUAGUAACAAGAGGAAUAUUUUUAUUGAUUUUUUUUCUCAUUGUUGUUGAGCCUGCGAUUUACAGCAAAAAUAGGCGAGACACUGGGUUCCGCGGAACCCUUACAAAUUU